AUUGGCCGCUAUUUGGCUCAAGGUCGUUGGUGUUUUAUAACUUACUGGGAUUUAUGCAUAGUAAUUUCAUUGGUUCGACCAAGUUUGAGAAUCGGUUACUUGCCUUCCGUGUCCUGGAUGUCAUCCAAAGUUCCUAUACUUUCUGCCGGUGGUCCUUUGAUAUUUCGUCAAUUAUUUGAAAAGGUUUCAUCUACAUACACUUACUUACUGGCCGACUCACAUACCAAAGAUGCUGUUAUUAUCGACCCUGUUUUAGAAACUGUUGAACGAGAUAAAAAACUUAUAUCUCAGUUGAAUCUUAAAUUGGGUCCGAUAAUAAAUACUCAUUUGCAUGCUGAUCACGUAACUGGUAGUGGGCUAUUAAAGCGAAUUCCUGGAUCUUUCAGUGUGUUGUCGCAUUAUGAUGGAAUCAAAGUUGACAAGAUAAUAAAACAUGGAGAUGUUAUUAAGUUUGGAAAUUUCGAAUUAGAAUGUCGAAGUACUCCAGGGCAUACAUCAGGUUGUAUGACGCUAGUAUUGCAUUCCGCUGGUGUUGCUUUCACUGGUGACACACUUUUAAUUCGUGGUUGUGGAAGAACAGAUUUUCAAGGAGGCUCAGCUGAGACAUUAUAUGAUUCAGUCUAUUCACAAAUCUUUAGUCUUCCAAAUGAUUAUACAUUGUUUCCUGCUCAUGAUUAUUUAGGCAACACUAUGACUACUGUUGGUGAGGAAAAGGCAUUUAAUCCUCGAUUAACUAAAACCAAAAUUGAAUUUGUUAAAAUUAUGAAUGAAUUAAAUCUUCCUUUACCUAAACAAAUGGAACGUGCUAUUCCAUUGAAUCUAAAAUGUGGUAUCAAUGAUGAAUAAUGACAAAUGAUUCUAAAGUAAUAUAUUCAUUUGUUUAUUUAUUUCUCUCAGUCAAUUUACUUAACUUUGUUCAAAUAUGUCCAUUUUUUUUUAAAAUUAAAAAAUCAAAUUACUUUAUCCAUAACUUAGUGAAAUACUCAUUUACAAACAAAAAAGAAACAUCUCCAUAUAAGUGACUUACAUCUAUUAUGAACAUCCUAUUUCCAUUCAUUAAAAGUGAUACUUAAGUUUUGUAUACAAUAUUAUUUCUAUUAUAUAAAAUUGUCUUCCAUUAUUUUUAUUAGAUAUUGAUUUAAGCCUAAAUUUUAAUGGUUUAGUUUUCAAUUGAUCAAAAUUCAAUAAUCUAUUUUGUGCACUAAAUCUUUAACUAUUAAUAUUGAUUUAAUGCGUUGUUGUUUUUUAUUAUUUUUCCUUAUAUCUCUUCUUAUCUGUCAAUAUAAUUGAUUAAAUCAUUAUGAUUUCUAAUAUUGAUUAAUUUUUCUUUAUGUGUGAUAAUAAUCAUCUGCUCACUAGUGACUGACUUCAAGAGAUACUCCUGGAGUUCUAGUGAGAAGCCGUUGCCAGUGGAAUUCAACCAGGUAUGUUGUCGAAUAUCAACUCACUAAAGACAUUGGUGUACGGUGGCGCAACUUCAUAGAUUGGUUGAAGUUAGACAUUAACACCACUGCAUACCGGCUCAGUAGUCUGGCUGGUUAAGCAAGACUGGUGUGAGACUGAUAGGUCCUUGGUUUGAAUCUCGCGGGGUGCGGGAUGGUGGAUGCGCACUGCUGAG